UGGCGGUACCACGAAUAUUUGAAAUAGAAAAUGAAUUAAUAAAUAAAGUUGUACAGAAUUUGAACUAGUCCAUUGAAUUACCCCCUGUAUAUAGAUCACUCAAGUUGAGUGAAAUCGAAUUAGAGUUCAUGUGUUCAUUUGCUCCACUCCGCAUACCAAAAACAGAAUGAGUGCCCUGUGUAAUUCUGGCGCCGAGCGUAAAGCGACAGCCAAAUCUAAAAUCGAGUCUGUGCUUCGGGCAUCGACCGGGGUUCAAGUAUCGUUGACCCCUCAAUUCUUUUAUUGAUGUUCGGGAGGGAUACGAGUUGAUUGAUCGGGUCUUCAGAGGGAAAUGGAAUGCUUUCUCCGGACGGGUAGAGAAAGUGGUGUGUGUGAAGGCGAUUUUCGACCUUCGCGAAAUUCCACUUCGUGGAUUUCGCGUAAUUUCCGGCGACGAAGAUUUUCAUAUCUCGCGCCUAUUCUGAGGAUCUUAGAACUUGACUCGUCCACUUCGUUCUGGACUGCGGAAGAGGCGAGAUCGGUCCAAGUUUAGUCUACCGCGCCGUGGUGUGAAAGUUCAGUUAGCUUGUUAGGCAAGUUUAGUGCCGUAGUGCGAUUGUGCGAAAGGCGGUUUUUGAGCGCGAGUGUUGAACCUUGGAUGCGACAGGUAAUGAAGGUGUUUUAAUAUGUGCAAAUAGUGCAAGUAAAUCACGUGUCGUGCAACGGCAUUUUUUGAACAGGUUCGUGGCAAGUUGCGAGGCCCGUCACACCACACCAUCAAGUUAGCGACCGUUUUCGACCCCGCUUUCCAGCUUCGGAGUUUGGCCCGGCGAUACACGUGGGCCGGAGAGGGCAGCGUCCGUCAUUACCGCGCCCUUGGCAGGGCGGCAACAUCGAAGUCCGGUUUCGUAUCGGCAACCAUACCGUGAAUACCGUGAAGAAGUGAAGUUUCCGUGAGAAAAAGUUUUGGAGCGACCACCGACCGGUUUCGAACCGGAGUCCCCCGCGUGAGGAGCACGCACGCUACCUCGACGCCACCGCUGGUGACGACCAGCGAGUCGACGGCUGUAUCCCGUCGGAGAAGACCACGAACCUCGUGUGAGGCGCCGUUGAGCACGGCAAUCGAAUGAUCCGGUAGGAGAACACCCGGAGCAGGAGUCACCGCGUGUCAAUCACGUGACUCGCCAGCAGUAGCUACAUCCAACCGCAGAUGCCUCCACGAUAGAAAAGUCAAACCGUGAGUACUCGAUCUUUUUUGUUCCCAUGCGCAUGGUGAAUUUCGCCCCUAGUCUGGUCAAACCGCUAGCGUGGCCCCACCGAUCCUUUUUUCCGCGCCCUACCGUUCGCCCGCUUAUGCGAAGUAGUCGGCUGCUAUAAAUUGCACGGUUUUUGCAAAUAAACACCAACAGUCGCACCGCACAUAAAUGAAUUUACCGCACGAAGAAGAAAGAGGAGAGAAAGACAGGUAGAGAGUAAAGUCUGAGGGAAUGAAUAGAGCUAGGCCUAGUGUUAAGAUGGUAUCGAUGAAGUAGAAGUGGAAUUGCUGUAAAUAUAGAAUGAAAUGAACCAGAAUAGGUGUGGAAUUGUUUUUCUCGAUGCGUUGAAAAUAAAUGGGUAGUUUGAGCAUAAGUGCCGUUGAGUCGUUUUUUUAGUGGGAGAGAUCUGAAGAGGUAAAUGUAGAAGCAGUUUCACGUUUCCGGUCGUUUUUUUUAGGUUUUGAGGUAAUUUUCUGGGGAGGUUGGCCCUGAAUCCAACCGAGGGACAUUUCUUCAAUCGAACGAAGAUUCGUUCGAGGUGUUUGAGUCUUGUUUUCCCGUGAUGAUAACCGUCGCGAGCCUUACUUUGUCGCCGGUGGAAAUCAAUUUCACGCGUACCAAUUUCUCUAUUUGCACGACUUCGGUCGUGAGGCAUUACGUUUCCCUGAUCAGCCAGCUCGUUUCCCGCCCAUUGAUUUGGGAAAAACUUGAACCCUACCCUGAAGGGUCUCAAUAAGGUCGGGCAACCAUCAAUCUCGGUAAGUGGUCUCCCUCGGGAGUGGCGCUUAAGCCAUUUUUACUUGUCACCGGGAAACUCGCAAGGCUGUCGGGUUACAUUUGGCGCCCAACAGAAUUGGCAAAACACAACUCAUUUUUGUAGCGGUUUUUUAGUUUUUGGUGAGCAAGAAUACUCUUAUUUUUCCCCCUUAUUUUUCUUUUAUUUUCCUUUUGUAGAAUAAGUAAGCAAAAAUUAGCAAUAAGAUUUCUUUGGACUUGAUUUUGUAUUAUAUUGAAGUGUUUUUGAAUUCGUUAAAUAAGUGCUAAAGCAGCAUUCCUCAGUUUUUUUUUUCUUUUCUUCGAUUUUUUGCACUCUCAGUACAAUUUAAAAAUGGAUAAGUUUCCAUACGCCGAACAUUUAAAUUUAGAGGAAGUUGACUAUGAACUUCUCAUACGAGGCGUUUUAGAUGAGAAAAUUGCAGCUCUUGAUCUGCCAAGUAAACAGAGAUAUCUGCGAACGUUGUUCAAAGCAGAUCUCAAAAAUUUGCAAAAUUAUCCUUCACCGUACAGUAUCUCUGAAGAGUACGACCAUAUCGAUGGAAGGAUAACGGAUCUGGUUAGUGCGGUUGAACGUUGUGGUUUGGAACAACGGUUUGUUUCUCGGUUGUUACAUUAUUAUUACCGGGCGAAAAGGUGCUUAGCUAGCCAGGAGGGUGAAAUGCAGUUAAAGCGUAAACUAGUGCGUCGUAUCGGGGAUUGUAUGAAAGUGUACAAAAUAGGGCCACCAGCUUCCGAGUACGUAGAGAAGAUCAACGACGUGCUUAACGACGCAGAUAGAAGUAGGGCAGGUCAGACGGGACAGUUUCCGAACAGCAGCACUCCUAAGGCAACCGGGACCGUACCGAAGGUAGCGGAGAUGACACCGAAGGAUCAGGUUCCAAACGACACAACGGGCGGACUAGGAAAGGAUGUGCAUGCACGGAUGAACCACAUGGAAAGGAUGCUUGAAAGUGUGACAAAGAUGUUGACGGAGCGUGAGCCACCGAUAGCGCAAACCGGUGGCACAGCGGAGCACCAACGCGUCGUAGCUGCUCGGAAUCCGAUUGGAACACCGAACCGAACGACACCGAACAUCUCAACCGAAGAAGACGAACUUUUCGGCUUGCUGAAAAACGUCAGUAGGUUACUGAAAGAGCGACAGGGUACGCAGCAGGUAGUUGGACAAGAACCGGAAAGAGAAAUGGUUCGGCCACGUUUAUCCGGAUUAUUCGGCCCAGUAGAACCGGUGGAAACGGAAAGAGCGGCCGAAUGCGGAAGAGGACAGACCUCCCGUCAUUAUGAGGUAGCCCAGGAACAGCAGAGGGCGAUGAGGAACACGAGAGAACGAGACGACUCAGACGAUUCUGACGGAGGUAGUUUUGCUUCUCGAAGAAGGGAAGGGUUCCAGAGACGUGGACAGGAUCACGACGACAGACGAGCUCGUGGUCGAGAUUAUGGAAUGCGAGACCACCUCAACAGAGUGGAGAAGUGGAAGCUCAGAUUCAGCGGAGACUCCAGAUCAGUGACGGUAGAGAACUUCCUGUACAAGCUGAACAAAAUCGCAGAGCUUGAGGGAGUUCCGGAACGACAGCUUCUGAGGGACAUCCAUCUGCUGCUUGAAGGACCGGCAUCCGACUGGUUUUUUACCUUUGUGGACGAGUUCGAGGAUUGGCCGACAUUCGAAAGGCUCAUCAAGUUCCGGUUUGGAAAUCCCAACCAGGACCAGGGAAUUCGCCAGAGAAUCCAGGAAAGGAAGCAACAGCGAGGAGAAUCGUUCAUCGCAUUCGUCACCGAGAUCGAGAAGCUCAACCGAAUGCUGUCGAAGCCACUGUCGAGGACGAGAAAGUUUGAGGUCAUCUGGGACAACAUGAGGCAGCACUACCGGUCGAAAAUAUCCAUCGUGGACGUGAACGACCUGCAUCAGCUGGUCAAACUCAAUCACCGGAUUGAUGCAGCGGAUCCGAGCCUUCAGCAACCUGGAGAACCACGACGAGUGGUCCACAAUGUGGAAGUAGACGAUGACGAGGAGUACGAUAGCGAGGAUUCAGCGACGAUCAACGCUAUGCGACCGCGCCCGACCAGGGAGAACAAGCCAUCAAUCCAGAGUCAGCCGAAUGGUCAACAGAGUUUGAGCCAGCCAAAGCCUGACGGAGCAGUUCAACCGGGUCAGCGAGCCUGCUGGAAUUGCCAGCAAAACGGCCAUGGAUGGAGGGAAUGCUCCAGGCCCAAAGUUAUCUUCUGCUACGGAUGUGGAAACCUUGGAAGGACGAUCCGUUGUUGUGAGAGGUGUUCCGUACACCGGCCCACACCGAACCAGGGAAACUAAUCCAGAGGAGCGUUAACGGGAAUCGAACCGCUCCUCAGGUCAAAAUAGUUCCCAAACCAAUGAAGACAAAUUUAGACUUUGACCCUUUGAGACAAAUCCACCACAUUCGGGUGAGCGUGACGAAAUGUCCACACAUUCGAGUGCAGGUUUUCGAGACCGAAAUAGACGCGCUUUUAGACUCCGGCGCGGGAAUCAGCGUCAUCAACUCUUCAAAUUUGGCAGAGCAGUACGGUUUAAAAGUACA